AUGGCGAACACAGCGACCAUGGUUCCCAACCGCAAGCCGCGACAGAAAGAGAGCAAAGGAGUCCCAGCGCUGACAAAGAACGAGGUGAUCCACAUCACUUCCGCGGAGGCUGAGCUCGCGCCGUUCCAGGACGAGAAGCUGGAGAUCUACUGCCGAGAGCAUGACGACAUUGCUGCAUCUUUUGCAGAAGCCAGAGAGGGCCGUGGCAUACUGGCAAAGCUGUAUGACCAACGGAACAAGGAGAUUCUGGACCGCUUGGUGGCCAUGCGGGCAAAGUCUGACAGAGAAGCCAAGCUGAACCUCGACCAGCUCAAGGACUUCUGCAAGGAAUUUGUGGACACCGUUUCCGAACGGAAAAGAACCUGGAAGCAAAAGUUUGCCGAUGACAAGAGCGAGCUCACAACACGCUCCACAAAGAUGGGUGAGACGAUUACUGCCUUGGAUGCAGCUAUCGUGCAGGAGCAUGAGGACUGCCUGGCUCACGCAGCUGCUGAAACGGAACCUUUGCUGGCCGCGUUGAGGAAGCACAACGAUUUCCUAGCUGAGCAGGUGGCCGAGAGAUCCGAAGAGCACGAUCGGUUCAUGGGUGACAUGCAAAGUCGCUUCAACUCUUUGAGGAGAAAAUUGGCGGAGGAACGGGAGGCCCGCCGCGACAAGGGCCACGACAUGCGGCAGCGUUCCGAAGAUCGGUUCAGCUCGCUAGACAGCAGGAUCAAGCAGAAGGAGCCCGAGGUGCUGAAGCGCCUGGAGGAUGUGAGGGCGAGGAUGACCAUGGAGCUCCAGAUGCGGUCAACAAGCCAAGAAAGCAUGGUCCAGGACAUGAUGCGCUUCAUGGCCCACUUCGAGAAGAGCAUCUCGGAGUCCGGACAGCGCCAAGAGAAGACGAAGGCCCACUUGCACUCAAUGAAGAUGAAGCUCAGAGAGGAGGAGUAG